GCACGAAGCCCAUUAACCGAAGCAGCUGACGAGAAAAUCCGUCCGUAGACUAACAUUAGGUUUUGCGCUUUCGAUAGGAGAAACGUGCAUCGAAAGUAUUUGCCGAGGAGCGAAAUUACCGGAUUGCCUCCCCAGUGAAGACAAACUGCACAAAGAAAUCAACAGAGUCUUUGACAUGGAACGUUCUGUCUCUAACACUUCCAACGUCACCACCGACUUGGGAACCGAGCCUCUGGAGCCUGUUCUAUUAAGGACUGUGGCAUCUUUCGUGAGCGCCUCACUAAUCUGCCUUCUGAUUAUAGGCGCCUUCAUAGCAAAUACUUUUGUGUGUUUAGCUGUUUAUAAACAGCGCUCUGCUAGGCGGAUAACGCGGUAUUUCAUUAUUAAUCUAUGCCUGGCAGAUAUCUUCAUUACAGUUAUAAGUAUGCCUAUUUGGCUGAUUUUUCUGCUGUACGGCAGCAAGUCAGCGAUUCUUUAUCUCGGCGAGACAUUUGUCACGAUUUGGAGACACGUGGACAUCAUGUGUGGAACAGCCUCCAUUCUGAGUUUGACUUCAAUCAGUGUGGACCGUUAUAUAGCAGUUUCCAGGCCCUACUCGUAUGUAGAGACGAUAACUACACGAAGGGCGAUGCACAUAAUUGGAGGAAUUUGGGUCUACUCAAUGACUGUUGCCUUGUUGGUAAAACCACUCAGAGAAUUUAAAGGUGGUUACGCCAUAUUUGUCAUGUUUGCAAGUUUCCUCCUUCCCUUACUAAUAAUCAUUGCAGCUUACGGAAGUAUGUUUCGCGUUGCUAUGCGACACACACGUGGCCUGACCCGUAGAGAGGAAGAAGCAAAUAAUCAUCACCACUGGCAUAAAGAGAUAAAGAGACACCUCAAAGCUGCUAAGACUGUUGCCUUUGUGAUUGGAAGUUUUCUGUGCUGCUGGACGCCAUUCAUCAUUGUGAGCGUUUGUUUUGCGUUUUAUACGUUGAACCCUACCGGAGCGAGUGUCACCAAGUGGCUGGCGUAUCUAAACGCUGUUUUAAAUCCUGUGGUUUAUACCUGCGUCGAUAAACAGUUGAGGAGACUUGUGUUGAAGCGACUUUCUUUCUGUUUUCGUGGAAGGUUUUGGAUGUUUUUCAAAGAAGAUCGCUUUUCACGCUGUGGGACAGAAAACUCUACGCAUAUGAGUUCUGUGUAAAUAAAAUUUUUACUAGUAUCAUAAAAAAUAGAAGAGGAAGCGGUAAAUGAUGACGAUGAUGAAGAGUAACAACAACAACAAGAAAAACUAACAACAGUGGGAUACUUGUCAACAUCUUUAGCAAAUAAAGAGCGACAAUUAUUGAGCAGCAGCAGAAAAAAAAAGCCAUCAACAACUAGCUGUUAUCCUGAAAACAUUUUAAACAGCAACAAUACAGAGGCAAAUUAGUGGAGUAACGCGUAAAGAACAACUUUAAUAAUAGCAAUAACCACAAAGAACUGUGCGGAAUACAUAAAUGAAGCAGAUAUCAGAUCGUGAAUUAAAUUAACAUCAGAACAAACGACAAGAGAAGCUAAUUACCGCUAAAAAUAAAAAGAACAACAACUAGAAAACACUACAAGUAGAAACAGUGACAAAAAAUAGCCUUUCCUUUAGAGAGUCUGUUUGGAGUGGUCUGUACGAUUAUCGACAUUGAUAUUCGUCAUUACAGAGGUCAAACUAUUGUGAAUUCACAAAUUGGUCAGUCAGAUUGCAAUGUUACUUCCAAUUGUGGUAAAAUAUUUAAUUUCUUAAUAUAAAGUGGAAUAGCGGAAGAAUUGUGAAAAUUUGAGUGAAGCACUUCUUUUUAGUCUGUCUUCUCCGCGUUUCGUGAAGAACAGCCUUUGUCAUAUCGCAGUAGUCUUCAUGAACAGGUGCGUUAUACACCAUUUACACUGCACCAUAUUGACUGUUGAGUUCUGUUGACUUGCGAGGAAAGGUUUCAAGAAAGAGCUUAGUUUUUAAGGGGAUCAGCACUAGCUAUUCCAGUAAAAUACUUCAGGACUAAGGAGUGAUUUUUCUCGUUUUAGCUUCAGCUGCCCUGUUUCGUGUUUCAGACA